GAUCCGCCACAUUAUUUUUGUUUCUAUUGUGACCACGUGAUCAGAUGAAUAAAUCUUUGGUCUCUCUGGACUAGACCUUCCCCUUAUCUGACAUCCGGUACUAGAUGAUAAUAUACCCAGGUAAAUGCGCAGUCCGACUGGUACAUGAUUACAGCGAAUUGACACAAGACGUAUAGUUUGAACUGAUACAAUGGCAUCAAAAUCCAGUGAUCCAGGUUUGGUUUCCACACCAGAGGAGAUACGUGAACGAUUGAGCAAGUACGAUAUUCGUUGUCGUGAUGUUAAAUUCCCUAAACCGGAGGGAUUUGUUUCGGCAAGUGUCCUCAUACCACUUUUUAUCAAAGAUGGACAGAUUCGUAUACUUCUCACUUUGAGAUCAAAACAUUUACGGUCACAUGCGGGUUUGGUUGCAUUUCCUGGAGGUCACGAGGACGAAACUGACCAAUCAGUGGUAGAGACCGCUUUACGAGAAGCUGAAGAAGAAAUUGGUCUUCCUGCAAAAGAUGUGGAUGUUUUAACAGUACUUCCGCCAUCUUUCGUGCGACCAAACAAAUUAGUGACUUUAGUAGUAGGCAUGAUUCCUGGCAAUUUUGUGCCAACGUUGAACGAAGCAGAAGUGGCGAAAGUGUUUAGUUUGCCAUUACAGAGAUUUCUGAGAGACGAUGUUGUGAAAAAAGAAUUUCUGCUUAACGAUAUGAAAUACUGGUUGUUCUAUUUUUAUGACACAAUUGAUGGUGAAAAAAUCGAGACAUGGGGCUUCACAGCAUAUUAUAGUAUCCUUAUAGGUCUAGCUCUCAACACUUCCAACCUAACAAUAGAAGCAAAGGAAGGAGUAUUCUUAGACAAAGACUCUGCCUUUGAAAAUAGAAGACAGUAUGAAGAAGUUUUGAGAUGGAAGAAAGCGUUUAGUAAAAUGUGAAAGUUAUAUUAACUAGCCUAAGGCAUAGGUUCUGACUAAAAGUACUAGUUGUCUGGUACUGUUGUUAUCAACUUCUUCACUUUUUUGCACUUCUCCAGAGCCAUCAGGGUGAUUUUAAUCAAACAUGGCACAACGUAUCCUUCGGUAAAGGGGACUCAUUUUUAUUUAAAUGAAGGGCCAUGUCCCCUUACAAAGGGAGGUAAUUGGGAAACAUGAUUGAGUACUUGAAAUCGAUUCUUGUUGCAUUGAAAAGUGUUUAAAAUAUCAGAACACUAGGAUUUGAUGAUAUUUUGAAAAAUAAUUCUUGAAUUGAAUUCUUAAAAGAUAUAUUGGUACAUUUGGAUAAAUAAUGAUAGUAUAUUUAACUCCAAAUUCAUUACAAGUACACGUAAUUUAUAAAUUCUAUUCUUUCUUAUGAAAGGUGAAGAUAACAAACAGUGAUCAAUCUCAUAACUCCUAUAAGCAAUACAAAAUAAAGAGUUGGACAAACACGGACCCCCUGGAUAUACCAGAGGAGGAAUCAGUUGCGUAGGAGGAGUAAGCAUCCCCUGUCGACCGGUCACACCAGCCAUGAGCCCUUUAUCUUGAUGAGGGAAGCGGAUUUAUCCGUAGUCAAAAUCAGUGUGCCAAGAACGGCCUAACACUGAAACAAGUCAGUUGGCAAUCUACAUAUGUAGAUCGUCAUAACGACCAUAGAAUUUUCGAAAUGUUUACUUCAAUCGAGACUGUUGAAACCCCUGCAAUAUCAAAUGAAACCAUCUACUUCAUAUCUGAAUUGCAGUUUCAAGUUUUAAAUACACGUAUAUUUCUUGGAUAGUUUAGCUGUCAUAUUCAAUGAAUAUUUUUCAAAUAUUUAUGAUUUUUAAACAGCCUGCAAUUCAACCCUUUAGGAGAAGAUUGUAGUUCAUUAUGCAUACCAUGAUUCCUUGAACUUAUUUAAAAGGGUAAGUGUUAUCUAAACAACAUACAUACUAAUUAAGGUAUAGCUGUAUACUCAAAAAUGACUUAUUUCGAAGAAACAUCAUAGAUUCUCCUUUUUGUUCUUGUGGUUUAGUAGAGGAUAGCUACCAUUACUUUUUUUUCGUGUAAAUCAUAUAGCCAUGCGAGAAACACUCUUUUUAAUGAACUACUACAAAUUGAGCAAAUUCAUAGUAUAGAUACUCACUGCUUGUUAUGGGGAAACGACGCACUCUCUGAUGAUUCGAAUAGAUGUUUUACUCUCCACAAAAGUACAGUAGAGAUUCUUUAAGGUUUUGAUAAUUUUCAAAAUAUACAUGUAGUUGAAUUUUAAAAUGUUUGUAUGACAGUGUUCUAUUUUAUAAAUGCAUUGUAUUUCUAUAUUGGAGAGGAUCACUAAAUUGCAAGAAUUUGUAUCCAAUCCAUUUGUAUGUAUUAUACAAUAAAACAUGUUCAAAUUAAAUACAUUUUAACACAGAAACAAUAAUUUUACUGAAUUUUCAUGCCAUGCACAUUUCAAUCCACAUUCAUUAAGGGAUCCCGUGAGGAUCCGGGUUAGAAUAGGUCCUCAGUACUCAUUACUUGUCGUAUGAGGUGACUAAAUGGGGUGGUCCUUCGGAUGAGACCGCAAAAACCGAGGCCCCAUGUCAGAGCAGGUGUGGCUCGAUAAAGAUCCCUCCCAGCUUUAAAGCCGUAAGCGCCGAGCAUAAGGCCUAAAUUUUGCAGCCCUUCACCGGCAAUAGUGACGUCUCAAUAUGAGUGAAAGAUUCUCGAGAGGAACAUUAAACAAUAUACAACCAACCAUUAAAAAAUUUGUGAAGAAUUUCACACCAUGGAUUCUUACAAUAUUUAGUGUAUACAAAAACGUUGCAAACAAUUUAAAACUUUUGCGAAUUAAGUAAUCUAUACACUAAUUAUCAAUGGAUACCUGCCAUGUUCCACAUAAAUAAAGAACUUUGAUCUUUUUAAGUUUAAUAUAUACGUUACAAUUGUAAAACCUGACAGAUGGUACAGACAUCACAUAUGUGGAAUGUGUUUCUGUUAUUCAUUAUGGAGACUGGGAUCUCAGUACUACUCACGUGAACUUCCUGCUCCUUCUCAUCACUACUGUUCACUGAUUUAUUUUUUCUCUUCCCUUUCCAUGGUAUUCAUUUAACAAGUCCACGUAGUUUCAUGUGUAAAUAGUCCACAAGUUAUUAAAAAUUCUGGAAAACAUU